GACGAAUGUUGUUUCUGUGAGUGCAAAGAGGUGGAAAUAGCGAAGAGUUUAAAGAUGCAUGUUCAUAUUUUAGCUUCUAUCGCUGGUUUACUGGUUUCUACGGUUUACUGUAAGCUACCAUCUACAACUUUAAAUGUUGAAUGCGGAGAUCAUGUCAAGAAUACGCCGGCUGUUAUAACUUAUAUUGGUGAUGCCGUUGCUGUUAUUGGUUAUGGUGCCUUAGCCCCUCCUUGUGUAUUUAAAGAAGAUAUUUCUACAGCUAGUUUUAAACUGAGCGUUUAUUACAAUACCACUGAUAAAUGCAAAUUUCAGCAAUCUUCGGCGACUCGAGCUAUAUAUGGUUUAAAAGUGGAAUCUAGAUUAUUACAUCAACUAUUUGAAAGUGCUGAUGAUGAACGAUUUUUAAUAGAAUGUUCUUUCAUGAGAUACAAAUCCAACAUAUCCGUUGAUGUUGCUCUACAAGAAAAAUACAAACCAGCAGAAAUGGUCGUAGUACCUAAAGGAACUGUUGCCAAGUCUGUUUUCGAAAUUUAUGUGAUGAGUGCCGUUGGUGAUAAAAGAUUAAACGAAGCGAUUUUAGUUAACAGUUUAGUCAAAUUACAUACCCAUAUGACAACCAAAGAAUCCACUGAAAUUGGAUAUCUACCAUUGGAGUGUGUAGUUGAAUCUUCAGAUGGCAAGGUGAAGAUUUUGAUAUUGGCUAGUGGGUGUGGUACAGGAUUUCCUUUUAAACAAAACGAAGGAUUCACUAUGAAGGGCCCAAAUGGCGAUAGUCCUAAAUUUCGAAUGUUCCGUAUAUCAAAGAAUCAAGGUAUCGUGUUCAGAUGUAGCUUUGUGGUUUGUACAGGCAGUUGUAAUGGGAAUUCUUGUGUCGCAGCCAAGAGUAGGAAACGCAGAAGUGUUGGUUUACAAUACAAUUCUCUUGGACUACUGACCGAUAAUAGCAAUGUUAAACGAGCUGCUGUUGGCGUACAUUUACCAGAACAUCAGAUGCAUGCCCAGACGAACUCAUUUGAAUUUAGCAAGAAUUCGAUGUAUACAGCCAUUUUAGCUGUUGCGGGUAUUGUGCUCAUAGCAUCUGCAGUAGUAACCGCUUACGUUUUAUCACGAAUCCGCAAACAAAGCGUUCCCAUAAAUAUAACUUACAAAGAAUAAACUAGCUUAAGAUCUU